CGUCAUCACCCUUGCACCGGAGCAGGAAGUGCCGGCGGUCGGUGGGACUCUAAACAACCUUCUGUUUUUGCUGCGCACUUUCAUGCUUUACCAAACAAACAUGUAACGGUGCAUCCUCCAGCCGAACCAGAAUCCACCGAAUCGACCCUAAGCUCAAACCCAUGACGGCCGGGACACUCUAGCGGCGGCGUUGACACUCAUUUACCGGAGGAGAGAUGAAGGAGCUGCGGGGCUGCGGCAUGCGGAGCGCCGUCGGGUUCCUCUCCCGCAGGACGAUCGGCGGACAGCCGCAGCUGAAGGAGGAGUUCCAGCGGCGCAGACUGGCCGGCUGCUCCAGCCUCUACAAGAAGGACAUGCUCGGCCACUUCGGUUGCGUCAACGCCAUCGAGUUCUCCAACAAUGGAGGCCAGUGGCUGGUGUCCGGUGGAGAUGACCGCAGGGUGCUGCUGUGGCACAUGGAGAAAGCAAUACACUCACGAGCCAAACCGAUCAAGUUGAAGGGGGAGCACCUGUCCAACAUCUUCUGCCUGGCAUUUGACAGCACUAACAAACGUGUUUUCUCAGGAGGAAACGACGAGCAGGUGAUUCUGCACGACGUAGAACGUGGCGAAACGCUCAACGUCUUCUUGCAUGACGACGCUGUGUACGGUCUGUCUGUCAGUCCUGUUAAUGAUAACGUCUUCGCCAGCUCCUCCGAUGACGGACGAGUUCUUAUAUGGGACACGCGAGAACCGCCACAUGGAGAACCAUUCUGCUUGGCCAACUACCCCUCGGCAUUCCACAGUGUGAUGUUUAACCCCGUAGAACCUCGUCUGCUGGCCACUGCAAACUCUAAAGAGGGGGUGGGACUUUGGGACAUCCGCAAACCCCGCAGUUCUCUGUUGCGGUAUGGAGGGAGUUUGUCUCUUCAGAGUGCCAUGAGCGUGCGCUUUAACAGUAUGGGGACGCAGCUGCUGGCUCUGCGCAGACGUCUGCCUCCCGUCCUGUACGAGCUCCACUCUCGUCUGCCCAGCUUCCAGUUUGAUAACCAGGGCUACUUCAACUCCUGUACAAUGAAGAGUUGCUGCUUUGCUGGAGACCAAGAUCAGUACAUCUUGUCUGGCUCUGAUGAUUUUAACCUUUACAUGUGGAGAAUCCCCAGUGACCCUGAAGCAGGAGGUCCGGGUCGAGUGGUGAACGGGGCUUUUAUGGUUCUGAAAGGUCAUCGGUCCAUCGUGAAUCAGGUCCGCUUUAACCCUCACACGUACAUGAUCUGCUCCUCCGGUGUGGAGAAAGUCAUUAAGGUAUGGAGUCCUUAUCAGCAGCCAGAUAGUGUUGGUGAUCUAGAAGGCCUGGUGGAGGACAAGUCUCGCUCUCUCUACACUCAUGAGGAAUACAUAAGCCUGGUCCUCAACAGCGGAAGUGGCCUGUCACAUGAUUACGUCAGCCAAUCAGUGCAGGAAGACCCCCGAAUGAUGGCUUUCUUCGACUCGCUGGUUCGCCGUGAGAUCGAGGGCUGGAGCUCGGACUCGGACAGCGAUUUAAGCGAGGGCGCCAUUCUACAGCUGCACGCGAGAGCUCGACGCUCCACGCGCUCCACACGAUCCACGCCACGAUCUCCUGCCAACGUAUCCGCCGCUCAUCACAGCGACUCCGACCACUCCUCUUCAUCAUCACUGGCCGGGCCGGACGCAUCCGGGAGCGAGCGGACUGAUCAGGACAGGAGCGGGUCACAGAGAAGCCGGAAUAGACCACGCGCGUCUGCGUUUCUGCUAGACCUUGUGAACGAGGACUCGGAUUCAAGCGGGUUCUGGUUGGACCCGAUGCCCCGUCCCAGAUCUCCGAGUCCACGUGAGAACUCGAGCCUUUCCAGCCACGCCUCCUCAGCGGGCGUGGCCUCCAGUUCUAGCUCCUCCCCUAGCUCGUCUUCUAGCUCUUCCUCCAGCACAGACGGGGUCGACGAGGAGCUGCGCAGGAGCAGGAUGCGACAGCGCAACGCAGCCAGAUGGAGGCGCCACAUAGGGCUUUCAGGAAGAGACUCCGCCCAAACUCUUCACGGCGCAACAGAUUCCUCCAACUAUCCCAGCAUUUCCAUCCAUGAUCCGUCAUCACCCUCUUCGUCCUCAGGCGACGAAGGUCGACCUUUAAGAAAUCGUGGAAAAGAAAAACCAUGCGGACACGGCUCAAGUCCAGCUCGCUUAUCUGACAGACAAACGCAGUCCAGAUGCAGGCGCCGCUUCACUUCCUCUUUCUCAGGUGGUGAUGCUCCUUUGGAGAGGGCGAAAUCACGGGUGGGCUUUCUCGCAGAGUCUGGGGAGGAACCAGAGCGAGGGAGAACUAGCGGGGAAGAGUUAAGUGCCGUGGAGGAAGCAAACGUCACACUCAGCAGUCGAGCUGGAGUUAACGGACGUCCACAUACAGAUGAGAACCAUGCAGACUCUAUUCACCCAGAAUGCUCUGGGGCAGACACAGAACUCAAUAAGAACUCUGGUGACUCCAGGACCCAAGGGGAACCCUCUGGAAGGGGGAUCUCCAGUGGGAAACGGACUUGUUCGGACUCAGGAGACGAGGAGGAUUCUCCAUCGGAGAAGAGGGCGAAAACGUGGUGAUGUCACAGCACAACUCACUGACUCAAAGUCAAACUUUUUUUGAGUUGUUAAUCUUUGGACGCUUUUGGUUUAGCAUUUUUGAACCAACUUCCCUUUUCUCUCUUUACCUGAUGUCAUGCAUUCUGGGGUCACACCACAGUGAUGACACUAAAAAAAUAUUAGUGAUAUAUGUUAUUUGAAGAAAAAAAUAACUGCAGUGCUUUUGAUUUCAUAAUAUUUUAGUUCCAUUGAACCUGUAACCUUUAUGUUGGGGGUUCUGGUUUGUUUUUGGGCUGUGAGAAGAAGAUUUGAGAGCAUUUCUACAAGGAUGCCUGUUGUGAGUCUGUAUCAGUGGAACUGGGGUGGGAGGUGGGAAUGGGGAGGGGGGUUAAAAACAGUGUUUCCAUGGUAACCUCAUUGAGCAGCAGCUGUUUGAGUUGUGCAUUAAAGUUCUGUUCCAGUGUUUCCAUAGAGACCCUCUUGUUAUGUCUCUUCUUCCUCGUCGUCCGCCAUUCUAAUCAUCAUCAAACAGGAAGUAGCCUGCUGUAAUUUCUGGGUGAGUGUUCUAGGAUAUUCCGAUGUGAGAAUCGUCACCAUGGUGAUGCAUCAGUAUCUGCUCUCCAUCUGUCUAAUGGAGCGGCUUGAAGGGCCAAGUGAAAGAUUAAUGAGAGCAUAUAUAAUAAUGUUGUAGGUCAGCUCGGGCUUGUUGUCUGAAACUCUUCCUCUGUAGUCGCUUGAUUGAUAAACCCUCACAAAUUAUACUAAAUUGGGAGUUUUAAAGGGAUAGUUCAUCCAAAAAUGAAAACUCUGUUGUUCCAAUCAUGUAAGACCUUUGUUUAUCUUCAGAACACAAAUUAAGAUAAUUACUUGGUACUCCCUUGAACACGCACUGAAGGUCUUUUUUUGUUUUGUUUUGCUUUUGUUUUUUGUGCAAAAAAAGAAGUAUUGUUGUAGCUUCAUAAUAGGUCUGUCAUGAUUGGUCGAUUCAACUUGAGUACUCGAUUUUAAAAAUCCUCGAUUGCAUUUUGCCCGUGUUAAGUAACCGGCAAAAUAUCGAAAGUGGCGCAUUUCACGGACAAGAAUCCAUGAGAUGCAUUAUUAGGCCAUUUUCCAAGUCUGCAUUAUAUAUUAAACCCAUUUAAAAUAAUCAUAAAGCAUAAUGCUACUGUGAAUUCACAAACACUACAAUGAAAUUAAAUAAGUAUGUGCGAUACAGGUUUAAUAGGCGCUUUAAUUGUUUAUGGGUGUGUGGUUACUUACGUGCCAGUGUUGCCAAGUCCGCGGUUUUCCCGCAAAAUUGGACUACUUUAACAGUGGGUUGUUUUCAUGUCACCAGGUCAAAGGACCCAAAUAAUGUGAUAUUUAGCCCCUGUAAAGCGAAUUUUACCAGGGUAUGUAUUUUAUGUAUUUACCCCCUGUGAUUCCCUGCUGCAAAAAACAAUAGGAACCAUCACAGAAAUUCUGAUAGUUUCCAAUACAAAUACAGCUACAAACAUUACAAACAAUCAAUUUUAACCAUUAAAACCCACAGGCUUUUCUGUAGCGUGUUUUGGGACAUUAUUAGCUCUUACGAAAAUUAACCAUGGUUUUAUUAUAGUAAAAGUGUAGUAAUCGUGCUUUUUUGGCGCAUUGAUUAUGAUUUGUAUCACCAUAGUUUUACUACAAAUAUCAUGGUUAUACUACGGAUAGUGUAGCAAUGUUUUUACCGAGGGACCCCCUCACUGGGCUAGUUUUGCUUCGCAAUUAGGCGGUUUUUUUAAUGAAAACCUGGCAACCCUGGUGCGACUCCACACUAACGGUUAUUAUUUACAUGUGUGGACCUUCUCAAACUCCAUCUCUGCAUAUUUAUGUGAGUUUGGGUUUAUUUUUGUUUAUCUUAAUUUAAUGUUUAUCUGUUUAUUUGUUUAUCUGGGAACGCGGCGUUCGCCAUUUCAUCAGAUUUGUAAGGUAAAUCAUUUAUACACCUACAACACAGGAGAACACAUAUCUCGUUAUGCUAACGUUAACUGUUCGUCGCGAUUUCAAAAUAAGAGUUUAAACCCUAGCUCUGAGUUUACACGUUUUGAUGUUCAAGAAAGAAAUUACAGUGGCUGUAGUAGCAUGUAUGUCGUAAAAAUGGGCAUAUAUUAAAGAUUAAAUGGACAUUUGAAUUAAUUAUUUUGAGAGAAUAUUAAACAUAGAUUAGAUCGUGCUGUAAAGUGUAAA